GGUGCUUCCCCAUUUUCGGUAGGAAAAUCCACGCCGACCAUUGACAUCAAUUUGUUCCGUGCCUCCACCGGCCAUGUCAACGAAUUCUUGAUGCGUGAAACGGCCAAGUAGCAGGGCGUACGACUGGUGGGGGAGAUGCAGCCGUGUGUGGACUGCGUGGAGGCGAAGGGAAGGCGAACACCGGUGCCGCGGCGUGGCACCCGCGCGGCGGUGCCGUUCGGCAAAGUCCACAUCGACCUCACAGGCCCGUUCUCUGACGCGCUGGACGGCUCUCGGUACCUGAUCAUGUUCCUGGACAGCGCAUCGCGGUGGCAACGGGGGUACGGGAUGCGGGCCAAGAGCGACACCCUGAAGUUCGUGCAGCGGUUCCUCGCCGACAUGAACGGCAUAGGCACUCCGGGGUGUUUCCGCAUGGACAACGGCGGCGAGUUCAUCGGCUCCACGUUCACCUCGUUCUGCGACGCUGCUGGCAUUCGGCGCGAGUACACCGCCCCCGACACCCCCAAGCAAAACGCGGUGGUCGAGAGCGCCAUUUGGCG